AUGAUAAACAUAUUUCAAGACUUGUCGUUAUUGCGAGUUUUUUGUUUUGCUAUUUCCUUAACAUGUAAUGUUACAAACUCCUGGACAAACUCCAUUUCAAACAAUGUUUCCACGAAGUGCCAUCGGCCUGCUUAUUACGCUGUACAACCGAGGCUAAAAUGUGAUGCGAGACAAGAUUAUGAUGCGGCGACAAGAGCUAGUACUGGUGAGACAAUGAAGCAAGACAUGCAAAUGCCUCGCAUUGAUCCCAUUCAGGUGUGUAUGUUUCUAGGCCUGAGAUUGCAUGAGAGUUGGCAGUAUAAUGCCUUCCCAACACUAUCGUGUAUUCUAUUGGAACACUCAUCAAACCAUCAAACCUUUAUUCUGUUGAUCUAGAGCUUGAAAUGACCCUGUAUUAACAAUGCGUUCAGACUGUCUGCCAACUCUCAUUUGAUCGCGGCUUCGCGCAACGAAUUUGAAACCGUACGCAUUUAUACGCAAAUUCGUCCGCUUCCAUCUGUUCAUACAGAAAUUCAUACGAUCAGUUGUGUUCAAAUUAACCCGGUUUCGAAAGCAAAAUCCGUAGUCAGUCAUCGUAAUAUUUUAUUUCAAGCAUGUCAAUAAAGCAUUGCCCUCUGAAUAUUUGUAUUGAGACUUCCGCGUGGCCUCUUGUAAAACGCGGACUGUGGACUUGUUGAACUUGGACUGUUACAACUGGUAAGUUUCGAGCAAAGUUGACUCAAAAUAAAUAAGUUAGUUUCGCUAUCGUGCAGCUGAUGAAUGGUCGUCAACCAGCGAGGGACGAGCCGACGAGAACUUGUUGCGGGCCCCUGCCAUCAUGGGCCCCUAAAAUUAAAACAUUGGAAAAGGUAAAAAAUAUAGAUUUUAAUUUUGAAAAUUAAGAUAUUACAAUUUAUAUUUUAAAAAUCUAAAUUUACGAAAAUAUUACCGAAAAAUUUAACAAAUUACGGUACAUUCAUUCGAAAGUUACUCCCCCAACAAUUUUGGGGAGAAAAAGAAUAAUUAGCGACUGAAAAGUUUGAUCGGUAAUACCCCCCCACCCACCUUCCCCUCACCACAACCUUGAUCCGUCCGUCACUGGGCCCCAUCAGGCGUUGCUCAUUCGUCGUCCUUUUCAAGACACCAGCACGUCCCUGCUGAACCAGCAGUUAUCAAAAUGAGAAAAUAAUGUUAAUAGACGCUUCCAGAAAGUUUGUCAUCCGUUGGCUAAAGAGCCGAGUUUUCAUCAUUGAGACGUUGGCUUUACUAAUGGACCAUACACGAAAACGAGGCUCUAUACCCAGAAUGACGUGGAAUCAUUGAUAUAUCAUUUUCGUUAUUGGAAGAAGAACGUCUUCACCACCAUGUAACGCGUACUGAAACACACCUCUCCGUAACAUAACGUGCACUUUGUAUAAGAUACCUUACUGAUUAUGUACCCUUCAGGAACCACGCGAAAUAAAAAUGACGUUUUUGAAAAAGUCCUGCCUUGUAAUGUCAUGUAAUUGUUCAUUUUAUUCUAUCAUUACUAUAGGUUGGUUUUACUAGAACAGUUCGACAUGAGGGUAAACUCUAUACCCUUAAAACACUAAGUUUAAGGCCACCUGUCUUUGGUAAGCAAGCAUUUCACUUCGAUGUUAUUCUGUUUUCCACCUCAACCGUAACGUUUCUAGAAACGUUUUUAUUUUUUAGAGAUUCGAGACUUCUUGAGCAAUGAUGAAUGUGAUGAGAUCGUUGAAAUGGCGAAGUCGAAUGGAUUGGGAACCAGUGAAACUGUAUGGAGUGAGACUGAUGAAGUUCUGGCUGAUGGAAAUUUACGUGCAGUUUUUGGAAGAUUGGAUGUGAACAGUGAUAACGGUCUUGAUUAUUUUGAAGUGAGUGUCAAUUCAUCGUAUACCAGUAAGGAGCUGGCUAGUUUGCGUGAUUUCGCUUUGCCGGAUGGGAUGGGAUGGAAUGGCGGCGUUGAAAAACACGCUCAGGCAACAGCAAUAACAUAACACCCCUGACCUACAAUCAUGUGAUGCGCGUACCCCCCCCCCCUCCCUCCCCCUUUUGUAGAGAUUUGAAAAAUAACUCGAAAAAUUCAAAAUUACAGUGUUUUGGAUCCACAUAGUUCCACAGUUUUUCUGGCAUUUUUAUCAAGGUUGAAAAAAUCACCAUGCGUUUGGCGAUAUAUAAACGCCCUGGUUGGCGUUGCAUAACAAAACCGAUCCCAGAUUUCCGAGGAUUACCGCUGUCCUUAUUUCUGAUAGCAGUGGAAAUCAAUUACGACUUUAUAAUGACAAUAUAAAUUCCUGAUUUCAGUUAUUGGAUGGUGUACGAGGUAUCAAAGAUAUUCAAGUCGAAGUAGACGAUCUAAAAGAAAUGUGAGAAUUAUGUUUCUCGUGAAUGUUCUCACAUUUUCUAGUUAUGUUUUCUCUUAUAUGAACGUAACAUGUGCAGAAUGACUGUUCAUAACAUACACACGUAAAAACGCACAAGUUGUAACAAACCUGCAGCAGACUUGUAGCAAUCUGUUCCAACAACUUGUCAACAGGAUGUGUUCGCACUGCUUGUUCCCAGCUUGUUCCCAGCUUGUCAGCGGCUUGUUGACAACUUGCUACAAGGUUGUUGAGAUCAACAGACUUGUUACAAGUUGUUCCAACAACUUGAUAUCGUCCUGCAAUUCGACAAUUUGUCAACAAGUUGUGAGUGACAACCUUGUAGCAACUUGAUAAAAUAACAGCAUUGUUACAACUUGUUGACAAGCUUGCUACAAGCUUGUUGUGAACACAUCUUGUUGACAAGUUGUGAGAUUUUUACGUGUGUACAUCAUCUUCAUUAUCAUCAUUAACCACCAUCAUCAUCAUUAACCACCAUCAUCAUCACCACCACCAUCAUUACCACCAGUAUCAUUAUCACCAUCAUCAUCACCACCACCAUCUUACCACCACCGCCAUCAUUACCACCACUAUCAUCACCACAACCAUCAUUACCAUCACCAUCAUUACCACCAUCAUAAUCACCAUCAUCAUUACCACCACUAUCAUUACCACCACUAUCAUUACUAUCGUUUUCAGUUGAUGGAUGUAAGACCUUACAGGUUUUCCUUAUCACCUUUCACCACAUGAGACGGUUCCCAAAGUCAAAGAAUCAACUGACGUAUAACGUCUUUACUGCUUCUCUUCAUCAGGCAAUAUUUAUAAGAACAAAGUGUUCGUUAAAACAAAUCGAGAAAUGUGACAAUAUUUCUUGAAAAAAGUCGCCACAAGCAUUACUGUAAAUUUUUUUCUAAAUUUUAGGUUCCAAAAUUUUGGGUUGGAUUUCUUUGAAGAUGGUAUGCAUAUUAUUUUAAUGCCGAUAUAUAACUUAUUAUAUAUUUUAAUGCCGAUAGUUUAUAAAAUUACUUGCAUCUUCCAUGUAUCUAUGUUUCUAGGUAAAAUAACUUUCAGUGAAUUUGAAAUAUUAACGAAUCCUGAAAUGUUUGAACAAAUCAAGUCUUACUUGGGUCAACUUGAAGGGAAGAAGUCAAGUCUAAGAAAUCGGCAAAGUUUUUCCGCAUUUCUUGAUCCUUUAGUCGACGAACGUCGGCGAGAAUUCUUUGAAAAACUUCAUCAGAGGUAUGAGUCAUAUUCAAGUCUAAUUGAUUGGAAGGAAUCUUAAUUCUAGCAGGUUAUAGUAAUACUUCACUAUGUGAUAAUGUGUUUGUUUUGCAGGAUUUCCAAAGUUACACAGUUACCAAUAGAAAUGAUCAGAAGUAGUGAGGCCUUACAAGUGAGUAUCGGAGGUGGAAUAUUUUUACUUAGUAUUUUUGCACCAGUGAAUAUAACAAAUCCUACAAGUUGAUUGGUCAGAUUUGACGUAGUAAGCUUUAUAUUCACCUACAUGUGAAUAUAACAAAACUGAAAUUUGCAAAAUGGCGGCUAACUGUUUUGUGGAAGUUACUGAUAAACAGAAAUAAUAUAAUAAUAAUAUAAUUUAUUAAAAUAAAUUGUAAUGUGUAAAAGUAUUAAAACAAUUAUUCGCCUCAGGCUCGGUGAUUAUCUGAAUUAUCGGGGAAUAUUCACGUCGACUUCGUCUCGGUGAAUAUUCCCCGAUAAUCACCUCGCCUUCGGCGAAUAAUUGUUAAUUAAUUAAUUAAACAUUUAAUAUUCCUACCUGGUUGGACCAUCCAGGCUGUGCAGUUUGCAAUUUGAUUUCGUACCCCGAUUAUUCCGCAAAGUUUCCGUCUCAUUGAAUUUCUCUGUCUGUGUUACAGGUAAUCAAAUAUGAAGUUGGCGGUCACUAUCAUGCCCAUCAUGACUCUGAAGAUAGUGAAUACGCGCCAUGCUGUCAUUUGGUGCAAGAUACCGGUGAACUGUGCCGUCCAUGUAG